UUUGUAUUACAAAUAAGGAAGUUGUGCCACGUUUUGCCUUGGAACAUUUAGUUGGACAUUAGGUUGUUUUGACGAGUAACGAAAGGGAAAAAUAGGAUGGAAAAUCAUGUAACCUCCAAUGAUGAUUAUGGGAAAUUGCUAUUCGAUAAAGAUUUGUUAACGGCAAUUGACUUUACCGAAAGUCAGAGACGACUGGACUUGCUAGUAUCACCAUCUAAUCUUGGAGACAACUUUAACAUGAGACCUCUUUCUGAAAAUGAUUACGAGAAAGGUUAUAUUGAUCUUUUAGCUCAGCUAACCUCAGUGGGCAACAUACACAAAGAAAAAUACUUAAAAAGGUUUCGUGAGAUGAAAGAAUGCCCCAACACAUACUACAUUGUUGUAAUUGAGGAUACUGCUAUCAAAAAGAUAGUUGCAGCUGCAUCUCUUGUUUUGGAACAGAAAUUCAUUCAUGAAAUUGCCUUGAGAGGUCGCAUUGAAGAAGUUGUAGUUCAUAGUGCAUAUAGAGGAAAGCAUUUUGGAAAACUGUUAGUUGAAUGUGUAACACUAUUAGCAAAAGAUCUCGGAUGCUACAAAAUCAGCUUGGACUGUAAGGAACCACUACUGUCCUUUUAUAAAAAAUUUGGAUAUAAGGAUGAGGGUGUUCAUUAUUUAGUCAACAGAGUAUAUAAUUAGAGGGUUUAUAUUAACACUAUAAAAAUAAAUGGAUUAAUGUAAUUAUAUAACAAAUUGUAAAUUCUUAAAAUAAUGAUAAAUACAUUCCAUUGUUGGUAAUGAAUAAUCAA